UCAUUACCAUUGAACUCACAGCCAACAGCACUGUAACAGCCUGAAUAAAGCUUAUCUGACAACAAAUUUUCUCUGUAAGGCACAUUAAAGCCUUCUUGCCCUCCGGAACACUAAACGGCACUGUGGCACUACACUUGGGGACCAUUUUAAACAACGAAAUCACCAAAGGACAAAAAUGCAAAAACAUAGCACUAAAUUGACCAUGAAAAGGACACGUUUACAGUAUGAGCUGAAACAAGAGGGUAGAGUUUUGCUUUGUUCCACUUCAACCUAGGUGCCCUCUGCAUAUCCACUGAGAUCUGUGACUAACCAAGAAAUUGCUCCGAGUAUUGAUUUCAGGCAUAAACAUAAAUUUUACCAAGUAGCCAAAUUUGCAAAAUAGAAUUUGCAGAUAAUGAGGAUCAAUUGUAUAUGACAGAAUUAGCAUUACAAAUCAGUGAGAAAAGGAUGGAUUGUUCAAUAAAUAGUCCUGGAGCUGGUUUUCUGUAGGGGAAAAAAAAUAAAUAAAUCACUACUUCACUCUACAUAUAAAAAUCAACUCCAGGUGGAUUAAAAAUCCAAAUAUAAAAGUAAAACUUUAGAACUGAUAAACUUUAGACAAUCUAACAGAAAAUCAUCGAAGAAUAAUCCAUACACCAAUCUCAUACCAAGAAUCAUGAAGGAAAAUUAAUAAGUUUUUUUUAAAGGCUCAACCUCACCCAGUAAUCCAGAGAAUGCAAGUGAGUUAUACAUUCAGCACUUGAAGUUAAAAUGACAGAAUGAACAUAAAUAUUUAAUUUUACUUUCACUCAAAACUCCAAUAAAAAUAUAGUAAUGGUAUUUCUUAAAGGAUGAAAAGCACCAGGAUGAAGAAAUUCCAAAAAAAAAAAAAAUAUGCAAACUUUUGUCAAUCGGAAAGCAAAUGGAUACAUGUUGACUCUAGUAAACCUAAGAAAGCCAAAUCACAGGAAGGCAAUGCGGACAGCUGAGAAUCAACCCCAAUUACACUGCAGAAUCCUCAAAAGGCUCAGAAACUGGAAACAUCUGGUUCUUCAAUAACUGGAGUUGGGGAGAUAGGAGGCUAAAAUAAGGAUUGCAUGAAAACUGCUUCUCCCCCACCCCAACAGAAUUCUGGCUAGAGAAUUCAUCUCUGGAGAAGGUAAAACGCAAGCACAGUCAAGGGUAGGAGGAUGGGCGAUUAAAAUCAUCGUAUGCCUAGAACGUCCAUGUGUCCUUUGAGAGCCACGGAGAUUUCACCCUCUUUAUGCAAAUUCCUUCUUAGAAAUCUUUGUCUCUGAAGUUUUCUUAAGCUAUGGUAUUGACCUAAAACAAUAGGAGGAGGUAUGGCCAAGACCAAACUGCUUGAGUCCCAUUAUUCUUGCAUUUGGAAUACUCUCUAUGGCAGAAUGUAUUGUUGUUCCCAACUGUUGGAUCACUUCCUUAAAAGAGGAAUAUGCCAUAUGACAUGAGGUGCCUCACUGCUGGUACAUUACAUAUUUCCACCCCAUCACCAGGCUUAAUGUGAGCCAGCAGAAUGUGAGAAAAAUGACAGAGGAAAAAAAAGAAAGUCAUCAUAUGCAUUUUGACUCAGAGCACUUAGGCUCUGACUCCAUUCAGUUCACAAAAUAAUGGCAGCCAGACCAUUACCUUCUAGGCAAUAUUUGAAAAUACUUCUCUGAGGAAUCUGACAAAACCAAAAAGGAAGUUCUAAAGAGACUAACAUAAGGGCUUCUCAACAAACCUGCCUGCCCAAAUCACACCAUGUUAAAGCUCAGAAUCUACAAAGAUCCACCAAGGCACGGAGAGCUCUUCACCACAAGCAGCCAGAAUUAUCAGACAUCCAAAGAAUGCAGCUAACAUAAAAGCUAGAGACUGAACAGUAGAAAACUCAACUUAGAGGAAACAAAUAUCAUGUAGGGAGGGGGAAAAAAUCUUAAAAAUAAUAAAUUACAAGGAGAGGCAACAUGGUUUCCUGUUACAUGGGUUUGGAAGGGGAAAGUCAGUACAGCCCACAUACCCCGUGUUAGCAGAAUUUCCUGACAUCUAUAUGAGGUGAGAACACCUAGAAAUAGGAAAGAAUGAAUUCAUAGUUUGGUCUCCCUAUAGGAGAUGAUUUUUCCUGAAUAUCUUCUGAGACAAGGACAGGAAAAGUUGACCUUUUCAGCAUUUCAAGAUCCUUCUGCCUGUGGGUAUGUUAGGAGCAAAGGCAUAUUCUCAAGAUGCUGAUGUGAUUCCUCAACGUAAUAUCGAUGAGAAAAUGACCCAGACAAGACGAAGAAGAGGAGGAAAUGGCAGCUUCUCAGGGACUGUUGACAUUCCAGGAUGUAGUCAUAGAAUUUUCCCAGGAUAAGUGGGAAUUUCUGGACAGCACUCAAUGGGAAUUGUACAGGGAUGUGAUGUUAGAGAACUAUAAAAACGUGGUCUCCUUGGGUCCUGUCUCUAAGCCAGACCUGGUCACCUUUAUGGAGCAAAAGAAGGGUCCCUGGGAUGUGAAGGGAAUGCAGACAAUAGCCAUACACCCAGGAACUGGGGACCCCACCCAGGUGGAGGAUGGUGACUUCAGGCUGAGCAUAAGAUUCCUGGGGCACCACCCUGUUUCCUCACCACCAACCAACCAGAAGAAAGUCACACACCCUGCAGCCCUCACCCCAUAUUUUGCCUAUAAAAACUUCUCCCUGAAAACCAUGGGGGAAUUUGGGGUUUUUUACAGCACAAGCCACCUGUUGUCUUUGCUUAGCCCUGCAAUAAACCUUUCUCUGCUCAAAAAAAAAAAAAAAUUACCAUCAACAUACCAAAGAAAUGAAUUGCAUCUAUGAUUCAAGAAGAGGAUGCCAUUAAGUUUGCUUUAAAAAAAAAAAACCGGUUUCUAUAUAAAACUAUAGUGGCUACAUAUAAGCAUAAUUUUCAAAGCAAUCUCAAUAGCCUAUGAUUAAAUGUUUCAACUAUUCUAUUUCAUUUAGCAUAGAAAAGCAAUUUUUAGUUUUUAUUUUAUUUCUUUGUUUGCUUUAAGCACUAGGCCCCUAAAUACGCAGCACCUAGAUUAAUAAAGUGCUCUGAAAUAAAGGUUAUAUAUUUGUUCAAGGCAGCAGGUAAUACGCCAUUCUGACUGCUCUUUUCAAAAUCAUUAAUGAAAUAAUGCAAAUGAAAAGCUACAUGACAACAAAAAAAAAUUUUAAGUGACUCAAACCAACACUUAAUUACUGACUAGCUUGAGACAUAAAUGACAUAUAUAAACUCAUACAUCAUACUUUAAAACAUGGGCCAGCAGCCAUUAACUUUCAAGAUGGGAGAUGGGAAGUAACAGAAAUAUCAGAAAUUACAGUUCAAAAAGAUUUGCUUUCCAGCUGAAUUUAAAGUAACCACUAUAUAAAAAUCACACUUGUCUUUUGGAAAUGGUCUAGACAAUAGUUCCAACACCGCCAUUAACAAACGUAUUUCACUGAACUUCUCUGUACCACAAUAUCCUCACAUGUAAAAUAUAACAAUGAAUUGAAUGGAUGGUUUUCCAACUGUUGGUUUGUUUUUGUUCUUGUUGUUUUUUGGUUUUGUUUUUUUCAUUUUAAAAGCUGAAUUGCCCAUUAAGGGGUAUUUGGAAGGGAGUGAGGAAAACGGGAUGAGCCACCUCCACUCUCUUAGGCCUUCUGUUGCUGUUGCCCAACCCCCUCUUCCAGUGAUGGCUCCAAAGACAUUUCUACAGAAGCUGGAGAGAAGAUCUUGAAGGGCUUUUCCAGCAAUAAGAUCCUAAAAUUCUAAAGGUCUAAACAUCACACAAUGAAAAUGGCUUAUUUUCACUUAAACUCUCAGCACAAAAAAAUUUUAAGAAACUUACUUUUCAUUCAUUUAGCAAUUACUGAUUAUCUACAAAGUGCCCUGCAUCAAGGUAGAUUCUAAAGACAUAAUAGCAGGACUUCCCUGGUGGUGAAAUGGUUAAGAAUCCGCCUGCCAAAGCAGGGGAUAAGGGUUUGAGCCCUAGUCCGGGAAGAUCCCA